AUGGCUUUUCGCCGGGAGCACCUCACUCCCAUCAUCCGGGACAUCAUACUUGGGAUGCUCACCUGCGCAGCUUUUACAGCUCACGUCCCUGGUACUCUGACUUAUCUGCUUCCGGAUGGAUUCUUUUCUAACUACCAAAGCUUCCUGGGGCACACAUCGACAUCAGAUCCCAAUAUCCAAGCCAUCUUCUCCACUGCAGCAGACUCUGUCGCUACCUGCUAUACUCCGUUCACUGCACCGUUCUGCGAGACCGUUCUCAAGCCGCAGCUCGUGGCUGACUGGCCGGGAAGUGGCGCGUUUUUCGAAGGAGGAAUCUAUAUUCCUCGGCUACACGAAGUGUGGUUUACAAGCUCAUAUGCCAAAUAUCCCACCCCGGGCUACAUAACCGCGUAUAACCUAUCCACCAGCACCUUCCGCCACAUCCCCCAAAUAGGCUACGGCGCAGGAGGCAUAUACAACCCCAACGACGAUAAAGUAUACAUCGGCGCAAUCCCCCCUACCCCAGGCGUGAUCGCCAUCGACCCAGAGACCCUAUCAACAACCACCAUCUUCAACUCCUAUUUCGGGCUGGAGUUCAGCUGCGCCGACGACCUGGUGUGGGUGACACAGCCUGACCCGACAGACGGCGAAAGAAACAAUACCACCAGCAGGGGAGGGAGAUCAUACAUGUUCUUCACCCAUUUCUACACGCCGCUCGAGCCCGACGGGCCCGUCGUCCCCAUCAACCGUCCCGUGCAACUCCCCAACGGUGUCUGGCGCUGGGAUCCCGCAGAGAAGACCCUCCGUCCUGUCAUCAGUCGACUGGAUAUCCCGAUCCCCAAUGGAAUACGUGUCUCGCCUGAUCAUCGUACGCUGUACAUUACGGAUAGUCUGAGCAUCGAGGCAGGUGGGUCGGCGCAUGGAAGCUCCGGGUAUGCCCCGACUGCAGGUCCGAAUGUUUACGCCUACGAUCUUGACGACGAGAUGCUCCCCGUGAACCGGCGGGUGUUUUCUAUUGCGCGGUCUGGUUAUCCGGAUGGGAUUCAUAUCGACGACGAAGGACGGGUCUGGACAGCGGAAGGGGAGGGGAUUGUGGUUCGGAGUCCGCGCGGGACAACACUGGCGCUGUUCUCACAGCGAGCAUUUGGUAUGGAAGAAGGACAGAUAGCGAACUUUGGUUUGGCGAAUGAUAGUCUCCUCGUGGCGGCGAUGGAUCGGUUAUACGUUGUGCGGUUAGGGAUGGUAGUUGCGAAGGGCCAGACCUGA